ACUUGCUUGCGCAACAAGGAGGAAGUCAUAGUGAUCCCCAAAACUUCUUCAUCCUCUGACAACUCUUGGAUGGGACUAACAAAGUACUUGUGGUCAGGGUAUGUGUAUGAGUGUCGUAACUGUGGAAUCAUUUACCGGAGUCGCGAGCACUGGUAUGGGAAUGAGGAUGAGGAGAAGGUUCUGCACGUGGAGUAUCGACAUGUCUGGCCUCAGGGUGUCUCCACCCUCGACGGCACUCACAACGCGGCGCGGAAGGUUCUGGAGGGUUUCCACUACCUGGCCGACACCAUCAGCAGCGUGAGCUCGGGCCCCACCAAAGUCCUGAGUGAGUGGACGGCCGACAAGAUCAACCCCGCCUACUGGGUACCCAACUCGGAGAUCAUAAAAUGUUCUGGCUGUGAGAUGCUGUUCACGUGUUCGGAGCAGAAGCAUCAUUGCCGAGCCUGUGGCAAAGGUUUCUGUGCCGAUUGCUCAUCUCGCCGCAAACCCGUGCCAGAGAGAGGGUGGGGGGAGGAGCCGGUCAGGGUCUGUGACAAGUGCUACAACCGAAAAGACACAGAUGCCUUGAGCACUUCCUCUGAGCAGACAGCACUCACAGCUCGCAAGGUUGGAGAAGCUUUCUCGUCUACCUUCUCCGUUGUUGCCUCAGCACUGGACUACCCAAUGGGUAUGAUUAAGAACUCGGCCCGGCCAGCCUACUGGGUCCCGGACGAGGAGAUCACGUCUUGCUGCGUGUGCGGUGACAAGUUUGGCCCGAGGCUUUCCAUCCACCAUUGCCGCGUGUGCGGGAACGGAGUCUGCGAGAAGUGUUCCCCGAGCAAGCGCGUGGUGGCGUUCAGGGGCUGGGACUACCCGGUGCGGGUGUGCACUAAGUGCGAGAAGAAGACGGACAGGAUUUGACGAGGUGGUGUGACAUUAACACUUUGCCAUUAUAUUUUGGGGAAAAUCCAAAGAAACUGGAUGGUAAACAUCACCAAUCUGCCAGAUGAGGCGGCAAAGUGUUAAGUGCGAUAAGAAAUCGCACAGGAUUUGAUGAGGUGGCGUGACGUUAAGUGCGAGAAGAAGAGGGACAGGAUUUGAUGAGGUUGCGUGACACUAAUUGCGAGAAGAAGACAGACAAUUUGAUGAGGUGGCGUGGCGUGGCAGUGACUGACCUUGUUGUACAUCUGCUCUGCUCGCUCCGUGCACAAAUGUCUUGACCUUGAUCUUCUUCCUGUUGGCUGUCUCGAGAGCUGAGUGUGAUGGAUGUAAGUCUUCACAGGGAGAGAAUGUAAGCCGUCGCACAUCCUAUAAUGCAUACUCGUUGUCGUACUGGUCUUUUUUAAUUGCAUUGCGUUGUUCGAAGGACGCAGUUGGGUUGUUGGGGCGCGGGGGCGGGCGAUGUUAUGUGAUGUCGAGGGCUAUUUUAUUUCCUAAUGACAGUUUUACAGCCCCAUUGUGGUUGUAGAUCUAUAGCCCCUUCUGUUCAGGUUUUGAAAAUGAAAUGUUGGCAAGCCCCAUUUUUUUUUUUACUUUUCCUUUCUUCAUAUGGGUUUUCCUAUCAAAAUAAUGGGAUACCUCAUUUUAUGAUAGAGGCCUUUUUCAUGAGAAUAUUGAAUAAUUCACGUGUCAGAUAUGCCCCAAGUCAUGAUUGAGGGCGGUAAACUUUUUUUUUUUUUUUUUUUUUUGGUCGUCACACAGAAGAGAGUUUGUCGUUUUCAUUUCCUUAUUUAUCUCUAUGCGAUUAAUCAGUCAGUCUGAGAUGAGUGGAAAACAAAAAGAAAGUUUUUAAUUUCCAUUUUGUUAUAAGAUUUUCAUAAACUUUCAUCAAAAACUCUUGGCCGAAUGGAAACCAUAUAUUUUUUUUAGGAUUGGCAUAAUAAUGUGGAUUCUGUACACAGAUCCUGUUGUGAACUUAUAAUAAUUUAUUUUUUUAACCAGCCAUAAGAAUUUUAGGCUUGACACAUGGGAAACUAUUGACAUCCUAUAAUCCCGUAACAGGAGCAUUGUUGGAGUUUUCAGAUACAUCAAGUGAAGUUUGAAUCAUCAUAAAUCAUAUUACGUGUGAACUAUUUGUUGUGAACUUAUGACUUUGCAUACCCGACAUUGUUGGAUCUUGUAUUAAGAAGGGGGGGGGGGGGGGGUCAUGGUAGUAAAUGAUGUACUAUUACUGGAAGCUACUGUAAUUAAAUCAGAGUCAUAGCAGUGGAAGUGGUCUGGUUGGGAAAUGAUUUAUUUUUACGGAAGCCAAACAUGCUUUUUAUUUGUGACCUUUAUGGCCUUCAGAAAUGAAUGUAUGAAUGUGCUUACUUAGCUUUUGGGGUUUUUUAUUUUCCGUAAAAGACUCUAAUGGUCUGUGAUUGGUUGCAAGUAACAAAUCAGGACGCUGGGCUUGUGUGUCCUGCUGCGGCCAUCAAUGUUUCAGCUGUGUUGUUGCUUCGUGGACGUCACAGCAAUGUUGAUGAAAUGUGCAAUGAAGGGAUGCAAUUUAUUUAAAUUGUAUGUAUAUCUUGCUGCAACAACAAAAUAAAAGUGUUCUAUGUAGUUUCCAUGUUGUAUGACUGUACUUACCUCGAAGCUGGUCAAGAAGAUUGACUCAAAGGCCAAAGAAAAGAUGUUCUGUCGCAUGAUAUUGGGACUGAAGUCAUCUCAUGUGAGUGGCCGUAGUAUAAACAGUAACCAAAAUGUCAAAUGAAAAAA